GCGGGGCCGGCCAGGGCCGAAGCGAGGCGCAGGUCAGGCGCGGCGGUUACGAGGAGGGGGCUGGGCGUGGGGCAAGGGGCGGGGCCGGGCUGCCGGUAGUCGGCCCGCCGCAGUCCGAGCGCCGCCCCGGGGAGAGCGGGUGUUUGGGGGCUUCUCGGGCAGGCUCUAGAAGCCGCAGGCGGGUCCGUGCCCCUCGGGCUGUUCGGAGCGAACUGGUGGCCAGGAAGGAAGCACGCCCGAACACCAUGAUUCCUCUAGAGAAGCCGGACAGCGGCGGCUCCUCCCCGGGCGCCACCUCAGGCUCGGGCCGGGCCGGCCGGGGUCCGAGUGGGCCUCGCCGGCCGCCGCCGCCGCCGACCCAGGCCCGCGGGCUGCUGACGGAGAUCCGCGCCGCGGUGCGCACCGAGCCCUUCCAGGACGUCUACAGCCUGUGCCCGGGCCGGGAGCUGGGCAGGGGGAAAUUUGCAGUGGUGAGAAAAUGUAUAAAGAAAGAUUCGGGGAAAGAAUUUGCUGCAAAGUUCAUGAGAAAAAGAAGAAAAGGCCAAGAUUGUCGGAUGGAAAUAAUUCAUGAGAUUGCUGUACUUGAACUAGCACAGGACAAUCCUUGGGUCAUUAAUUUACAUGAAGUUUAUGAGACUCCGUCAGAAAUGAUCUUAGUUCUGGAAUAUGCUGCUGGGGGUGAAAUCUUUGACCAGUGUGUUGCAGACAGAGAAGAAGCCUUUAAAGAAAAAGAUGUUCAAAGACUUAUGCGACAGAUUCUAGAAGGUGUUCACUUUUUACACACUCAUGAUGUAGUUCAUCUUGAUUUGAAGCCUCAGAAUAUUCUGUUGACAAAUGAAUCUCCAUUGGGUGACAUUAAGAUCGUUGACUUUGGCCUUUCAAGAAUAUUGAAGAACAGUGAAGAGCUCCGAGAAAUUAUGGGUACCCCUGAGUAUGUGGCUCCUGAAAUUCUUAGUUAUGAUCCUAUAAGCAUGGCAACAGAUAUGUGGAGCAUUGGAGUGUUAACAUAUGUCAUGCUUACAGGAAUAUCACCUUUCUUAGGCAAUAAUAAACAAGAAACAUUCUUAAACAUCUCACAGAUGAAUUUAAGUUAUUCUGAGGAAGAAUUUGAUAUUUUGUCUGAGUCUGCUGUUGACUUCAUCAGGACACUUUUAGUUAAGAAACCUGAAGAUCGAGCCACUGCUGAAGAAUGUCUAAAGCACCCCUGGUUGACACAGGGUAAUAUUCAGGAGGUUUCUUUCAGGAUGGAAAAGGCAGAAGAAGAAGCAAAUGCCCUCCAAGGUCAUUCUGUGCCUGAAAUUAAUUCAGAUACUGACAAAGCAGAAACCAAGGAAUCCAUUGUAACCGAAGAGUUAAUUGUAGUUACUUCAUAUACUCUAGGACAAUGCAGACAGUCUGAAAAAGAGAACAUGGAGCAAAAGGCCAUUUCCAAACGAUUUAAAUUUGAGGAACCUUUACUACAAGAAAUUCCAGGAGAAUUUAUCUACUGAGCAGUAGUAUUUCAAGAUUUCUACACUGAAAAUAUUAUUUAUGGACCUCAGGCCGAAUGGUAUACUGGAAGUGGAUAACCAGUAUCACUUACACAAACAAAAAUAACUGUCAAAUUUGUGGAGUUAGGUGGAAGCCAGAUUUUAAAAGUUGCCAACCAGGAGAUUUAACAGGUACAGUUAUCCGUUCAAUGUUAUUUUUAAGAAGGGAGAUGUUUGCACCUUUUAAUUCUACAUCCUGUUUCUUCAGAAUGAGAAUUUGUGUACAAUGAUAUUUGUAUUCACUUUCUUCAAAAAAUCCAAGUAAAAGUGCCAAAACUACA